ACAACACAACACAACACAACACAACGCAACACAUCCCGUUCCCGGGGAGGUGGCUUUUGGGCAGAGGGAGAAGAAUGAAGAUAGUGACGUACAACGUCAAUGGCCUCAGGCAACGCAUCUCCCAGUUUGGCUCUCUCCUCAAAUUGCUUGAUUCUUUCGAUGCCGAUAUCAUUUGCUUUCAGGAAACCAAAUUGAGAAGACAGGAGCUUACUUCGGAUUUAGCCAUGGCCGAUGGCUAUGAAUCCUUCUUUUCCUGCACUCGCACGAAUGACAAGGGCCGCACUGGCUACUCCGGUGUUGCUACUUUUUGUCGUGUAAAGUCCGCAUUUUCGAGUAACGAAGUGGCAUUGCCGGUUGCAGCGGAGGAAGGUUUCACUGGGCUUAUGGAUAUGUCUAGAAAUGGAAAAGACGAAAUGCCGGCAGUAGCGCAAGACCUUGAGGAGUUUGAUAAAGAUGAGCUCCUCAAGGUUGAUGGUGAGGGCAGGUGUAUCAUCACUGAUCAUAGUCAUUUUGUUCUUUUCAAUAUAUAUGGACCUCGAGCAGAAAGUGAUGAUUCCGAGAGGAUACAGUUUAAGCUCAUGUUCUUCAAGAUACUACAGAAAAGAUGGGAGAGUCUUCUGCACAAGAGAAGGAGGAUAUUUGUUGUCGGUGAUCUCAACAUUGCGCCCACUGCCAUGGAUCGUUGCGAUGCUGGUCCAGAUUUUGAGAACAAUGAGUUCAGAAGAUGGUUUAGAUCUAUGCUAGUUGAGUCUGGAGGCCUCUUUUUUGAUGUUUUCAGAGCAAAACAUCCUGACAGAAGAGAAGCUUACACAUGCUGGCCAUCGAACACUGGAGCUGAACAAUUUAAUUAUGGGACUAGAAUUGACCACAUUCUUUGUGCUGGGUCAUGCUUGCAUCAAGACCAUGACUUGCGAGGUCAUAACUUUGUUACUUGCCAUGUCAAGGAGUGCAACAUAUUGACAGAGUAUAAACGCUGGAAACCUGGAAAUACACUGAGGUGGAAGGGUGGGUGGGGCAUCAAACUGGAAGGUUCUGAUCAUGCUCCAGUUUAUACAAGUUUGGUAGAAAUCCCUGUUGUUCCCCAACAUGGCAUCCCUUCUUUGUCUGCUAGAUAUCUCCCAAUGAUUCAUGGUCUCCAGCAGACCCUUGUGUCCGUUCUAAUGAAAAGAAAAGCGGCUACACAAGUUCAAUCUUGCAGCAUAUCAACUUCAUUCUCAGAAGGAAAUGUUUCUAUAGAGAAACACAGUGAAAGCAUGAAAGGAUCUUUCAAUAGAUGCAGCAUACCUGGCCCAACCACAAAUGACUCUUUGAAUGAAGACUCUGAAGGUGCCAUUUUGAAAACAGGCAAGCAAUCCAAGGAUUUCAUUGAUGAGACUUGCCCCAACACCACUAUUGUGUUGUGCAGUGGCAAUGAUAAUUCUGUGCCUGAGGAGAAAACAAAGAAAAAAGCAAGAAAGAGUCAAUGGUCCCAGCUCUCCCUGAAGUCAUUUUUCCAGAAAAGUCCGAACCUCAGCAGUAGUUCUGAAAACUCUUCAAUGGAUAUUUCGCUUAGUCAGGCAGAUGUGGCCAACUCUAAUAGUCACCCAAAUGAAACUGUUGCUCAGGAUGACCAAAUCAGCAGUCCCAAGCAUAAUGAAGCAAAUACGGAUUCUCAGGAUCAGAAUGAAUUAAAUGAUGGCCCUUCAGAGAAAGAGAGAAACAAUGUUGCUUUACUGGAGUGGCAAAGGAUACAACAACUCAUGCAGAAUAGCAUGCCUCUUUGCAAGGGCCAUAAGGAACCAUGUGUUGCUCGGAUAGUGAAGAAACCGGGUCCUACUUUUGGCCGCAGAUUUUAUGUCUGUGCUCGAGCUGAGGGACCAGUAUCCAAUCCUGAAGCUAAUUGUGGUUUCUUUAAAUGGGCUUCUUCAAAAUCCCGGCAGAAAUGACUCAUAUUUUUUAUCUUUACAUUAGUAAGUAAUCUUGUAAUUUUGUUGUGGACUUUUGCUUCUUUCUUCAUCUUUUUGUUGUAGUCCUUUAUUUUGCAGUCUCUUCAUUCUCAUUUGAGCGUGUUCAGUGUCAGCCUGCAUUUGAGCUGUAUCAUCAUCUGAAUCGAAUGGCAUAUUUAUGUACAAUAGAGUAAGCGAUAUUCUUC